CCUCUGUAUAUGAAUAUGGGAUUCAAAAGUCGGUCGGGUAGUUAUCACUUAUCAUUUAGGAAGCAAACAGAGGAAAAGAGAGAGCGAGCAAGAAACAAAGGUAAUAAGAGCUUUGUGGAUUCAAGCGUCAUGGUGUCUGUGAGCCCAAACCCUGCUCAGGGGUUUUACUUCUUCGAUCCCGCUACUAUGGACCCUCCUGCCGGUCCCAAUUCUCUGCCGCCGCCGACCACCACGACAACCACCACCGGCGCUGUAAGUGCUUCUGCGGCGUCGUUCCUGGAUGAUGCGAAUAAGAAGGUCCGGAAACCCUAUACGAUUACCAAGUCAAGGGAGAGCUGGACGGAGCAGGAGCACGACAAGUUCCUCGAAGCUCUCCAACUAUUUGAUCGGGACUGGAAGAAAAUUGAAGCAUUCGUAGGGUCUAAGACGGUUAUCCAGAUUCGUAGUCAUGCACAGAAGUAUUUUCUGAAGGUUCAGAAGAGUGGAGCAAGUGAGCAUGUGCCACCGCCUCGACCAAAGAGAAAGGCAGCUCAUCCGUAUCCACAGAAAGCCCCUAAAAAUGUUUUAGUUUCAUCCCAAGUUACUAGCCCAUAUCAAUCUUCAUCUGCUAUGCUUCAACCUGCAUAUGUUUACAGGCCAGAUUCAUCAUCAGUUCCUGGGAAUCCAAUAACCAGUUCAACCUUGUCUACAAGGAGUUUUAACUCUGCGCCUGUAGCCUGUGUCUCACAAGUGACGAAAGAUGAUGCGGGAUUGGUUGAGCCACCCAUUGCAAAUAAUUGCUGCUAUAGUAGUAGUAAUGAAAGCACUCCAAGGACUUGGCCAAGAGGGGAAAAGGUCGAUCAAGAGGAUCAUGGAAAGCCAGUUAGAGUAAUGCCAGAUUUCGCUCAAGUUUACCAGUUCAUUGGCAGUGUCUUUGAUCCAAAUACCACUGGUCACUUGCAGAGACUGAAGCAGAUGGACCAAGUAAAUCUGGAAACUGUAUUGCUGUUGAUGAAAAACCUCGUUGUCAAUUUGACAAGUCCUGUGUUUGAGGAUUAUAAAAGGCUGCUUUCAUUGAACGAUACUGACCACGAGAAGGUCAAAUCUGGUAGCUCCUGCAACAAUCUCUGUUCUGAUCAAUCACAUAGUGCCAUUCUAUCUGCUUAGGAAGUGAAAGGUACGACUAAUAAACAGAAAAUGCCGGGCUGAGCAAGACACAUGGAUAUGGCAUUGUGAUAACCCGAAAUCUGUGUACAGAGGAACUACCAGUUCGUAGCACUACUGCUGUUUGGCUAAUUAUGUACUUGUUGUAUCCAUUAGUGUAGGAUAAAUGAGCUUAGUAUCGAGAGCCAUCAUCUGUAUAGAGUUGCAAGCGUUUUGUGUCAUUCAGUUUUGACUGUAUAUAGUUGUAAUUUUGUUUUGGAGGUUUUGCCUACUUGAGUAGUCUUAAGAGUCAUCUCUGUCAUCUUCUGGGUAAUUGUUUAUGAUGAGAUGAUGUAAGUAUGCAUCUUGUCCUUGUGUAUGAACAAACUUUCAGAGUAGCUAAAAUACUCAUUUUCAAUGUUAU